GUGACCGACAGGAUAUCAAAAAUAUUUUUUUAACAAGGCAAUCUAAUUGAUAGCCAUUUUGAAGAGCCUUUUGUUGGUGUUUUGUGAAUGUUUUCAACAAAAUUUUCUAUUAUUUCUAUGAUAUAAAAGUGUUUUCGAGACGCGAGUCUCGUUAUUAUAAUUGAGAAUUGAAUCAGUACACUUUGUUAUACAGUGUUGUUUGUUUGGUGAAGGCGCAUUGUGUAUAAAAAACCGGAAAGAAGAACUGCCGUAUUUAACAUUAGUAAAAAAAAAUCUGGUGAAAUAAAGACAGUUAUUGUGACAGUGGACAUAAAUAUUUUAAUGGAUAUUGUAAAUGUAAUUCGUUAAAUUAUCGAAACGGCCGUUAUUAUUUACAUCGCGUGUUUUGUUCGCUACGUAAAAUUUAGAUCGCCACAAGAUGGCGGCCGUCGGAUGCUCGCUCCGCCAAAACCCGCUCGCGGGGCCCGAUGUGUCAUCGGGUUGUGAGAGCUUCGGUGACAUGCUGUAAACCGGCGUCUCGCACCGCGGCCGAAUUUACCGGCCGCAAACGGCGGGGUUCCAUUUCGUAAAAUGGAAUUUCGCUCGAGGCGCCAAAAUGCGAUGGGUGUUGACAUAAGUGCAAUACCGUACCGUUACUCAGGCGGCAGUACGUAAAAACUAUUACAAAAAUGAGCGAGCCCGACGACGUUGGAAAAGAAGUGUGGAAGCGAUGGAUACUGGAAGCGAUCCACAAGAUUCGCUCCCAGAAGCAGAGGCCCAGUGUGGAGCGUAUCUGUCACGCGAUUCGACAGCAUCACAACUAUCACGAAGAUGUGGUAGCCGAGCGGCUGGAGCGCGCCGUGCGAGAGGGAGCCGUGCUCAAGGUGUACAAUAAGGGUCAGAGCUCGUACAAGGAUCCUGGCGGCGUCCAGAACAAACUUCUACGAAUCACACCAGAUGUGGACCUUUCUAGGGUCGUUGCAAAGGCAGUGCGCGAGUUAGGUGAACGUGAUGGUUCUACGUUAAAGACAAUUGAAAGACAUUUAAACCAAGCAUACCAAGUGACUGUGGAAAAUGAAGUGGAUGUGCGUGCAGUGUUGCGAGCCGCCGUAAAGCGCGCCGUGGCGCGAGGCCUGCUGUCUCACCAGGCGGGGGCCUACAAGGCCACGGAGAGGCCGCUCACCACAUCCUCGGAUAGAAGCUCUAAGCAGCGUGCUAAAAGUUGUCAAGAAUCCCCAGAGAAGAAAUCAAACCUAAGUGGUGCAGUGCCAUCGUGUACUGAAUGCCUUGGUACUGAGGCUAGGAAUAGGCUGGGGGCAGCAGAGGGUCUCAUAUGCUGCCAACAGUGCAAGUCCUAUGCUCAUCCUACAUGCCUCAACUUACUCGAACAUGCUACACUUCCUGUUAUUAAGUCGGUGCGAUGGUCGUGCGGGUCGUGCGCGUGGUGCGAGGUGUGCGCGGCGCGCGGCGGCUGGGCGGGGCGCUGCGGGCACUGCGCGCGCGCCGCGCACCCCGCCUGCGCCGCGCCGCCCUGGCGCUGCGCACACUGCACCCGCCCGACGCAGCCCGCGCCGCCUUCCAGCUCCAAGCGGUCCACGGCGGCGGGGACUCCGCGCGGCAGGAAGCCGCGUACGCCGGCGCGCCAGCCUGACUCCGACGACGAGCCCUCCGAUGGUAACGCACCGCCGCGGCCUCCGCGCCCCCUGACCGAACAGAGAAUGUCGAGAGAGAAGCAGAAAUUUUUCAGAUUUUCCGCUUUCAAUCUGGUGAAGCGGCGCCGGCGCCGCUCGUCAUCGGGCUCGUGGGAGGGGUGGGGCGGCGUCCGCGUCACGCGCGUGCAGCGCCUCGAGCUGCGCCUGGAGCGCCGCGAGCCCGCGCCGCGCGCGCCCAGCCCGCCCCUCUCCGCCCGCUCCACCCGCUCCACCCCGUCGCCCGCCUCGCUAGCCUCGCCUACCGAUCCGGCAUCGGGCUCAGAUUCGGUCGGAUCCCCCGCGUCUUCCAGUGAUAGUGAUGAACGACCCGCACCCGCGUACGUUUCUACUGUGUUCGAACGUUUAGCUGCUGACUCCGGCCCUGGUGGUGUUUGGGGAUUUGCUGCUGAAGCGCAGAAACAAAAACAAUUAGAAAUGGAACCAACAAGUCGUAAGAGGCUAGAGGUUGAAACACAGAAACUGAAAAUACUUGAAAUAGAACCCCACGAGCAGAGACGAAACAACUUUGAACCGCGAAAGCAAAAGAGGCUUGAACUUGAAACGCCAAAAUUUAAAAGGUUAGAUGUGGAUUCGAAACUCAGUCGAUUAGAAUUAGAAUCGAAACUGAGGAGUGUCGAGCCCGAACCAAUACCAAAAAGAGUAGAACCGAUACAAAAAAGACUGGAGCCCGAGCCACCGCCAGUUGAACCAGAGAGACAUCGUAUAGUUCGUCGGCGCAGUAGAUGCGGAGAAAGACUGUUAACUACACUUUUCGAUGGAUUGUCGGAAUUCUACUCGGUUCGCACGGCGUCUCGGUCGCAGUCGCGGCCGCGGCAGGCACGCGUGGAGCAACCCGAGCCCGAACCCGAGGAGGACCGCACCGUGCUGAAGGAGACGAGGAGCACGUUCAGGAAGUACCAGGCGUCGCUGCGCCGCGCGCGCAGUCGUAGCCGAGGAGGCGAGGCGUCGCCAGAGCCCGAAGACCGACGCGACGUAGUGCGGGCCCGGUCGCGCAGUAGGGGCGGGGCGGGGCGGGUAGAGCUAGGCGCGGUCCGCCUGUCGGCGUCGGCGCUGGUGCGCACGGCGGCGGCGCAGAAGGCGCGCGCGGGGCCCGCGGACGCGCACAAACUGGUCCGCGGGCUGGCGGAGGCGGGCGGCGCGCGCCCGGCCACCAAUCAGACGGAGGGCAAGCGGCUACCGGCCGGAGUGACAGAGAGUGACGCCGAGCUCUUUAACGCGGCGCUGAACGCGGCUGCGGGGAGCACUGUGGGGCCUGCAGGCAUGAGUGCGGGGCCCGCGCUGGGGCCUGCAGCGGGGCCCGUGCCCGCCGGCCCCGCGGACGGGGUGCCACCGCACGCACCGCCGCGCUGUCCAUCAGCCAUAGAAUUCGGCCAAUGGGAGAUAGACACCUGGUACUCCAGCCCCUUCCCACAGGAAUAUGCUAGGCUUCCCAAGCUGUUCUUGUGUGAAUUUUGUCUAAAGUAUGCGAAGAGUCGGGCAGUGUUGUUUCGCCACCUGGAUAAAUGUCUUUGGCGGCAUCCGCCUGCUACUGAAAUAUACCGCUGCGGAGAUAUAUCGGUGUUCGAAGUAGAUGGGAAUGCUAAUAAAAUCUACUGUCAAAAUCUUUGUCUCCUCGCCAAACUGUUCCUCGACCACAAGACUCUGUACUAUGACGUGGAGCCAUUCCUAUUCUAUGUACUGACCAAAAAUGACAGCAAAGGUUGUCACCUGGUUGGCUACUUCUCCAAAGAAAAACAUUGUCAGCAGAAAUAUAAUGUGUCGUGUAUCAUGACGAUGCCACAGUACCAGAGGCAGGGCUACGGGAGGUUUCUCAUCCAUUUCAGUUAUUUACUUUCAAAAGAAGAGGGACAACCUGGUACGCCAGAAAAGCCUUUGUCUGAUCUCGGUCGAGUUUCAUAUCACGCUUAUUGGAAGUCCGUAAUUCUCGAAUUUUUAUAUGACCACAAAGACAAACCCUUUACGUUCGAAGAUAUUGCUCAAACAACCGGGAUGCAUAUGAACGACAUUGCAGUAACGUUUCAGUUGCUUGGAUUUGUUCGGCAUAUCCCCAAUGAUGAGACAACAAAGUUAGGUCUUUGUAUAGAUUGGACCAAAGUUGACAAUCACAUGAACAAAGUGAAGAGCAAACCUCGACUGGAGAUAGAUCCUGAGUGUCUGAGGUGGACGCCACUCCUAGCGCCUACUGUGAACCCCUUCCGAUCCCCCGAAGAAGCUUCCGGCGACCAGGACACUGAAAAUGACGAAGCAGAAUGUAAGACUGAGAGUGAAGAUACUGCCACAGAAUCAGAAGCACCUGCUCCUAAAGAAGAACAUGCAGUUAAGGAAGACAUGGAAACAUCUGAACCUCCCGUAGAAGUGACGUCAUCCGGUAGAAGACGGACAAGACCUCUAAAAUAUAGUGAAACCACAUACCAAACAACUCCCGUUCUAACUGAAGGUAAUCGUAAACGGAAGCGAGAAUUAAGUAGAAAGAUAUCAGAAUCCAAUUUGGAUGACGAUAAAAUUAAAGAAGAAGAAACGCCUCGGCGGCAGAGGAGUAAGAGCGUCGCCAGGAGGUCGUCUCGAGUUACACAGAGUGAGAUUGUAGAGGAGCCAGUUACACCAAGGAAUAGAAGACAAAGCGUCAAAGAAACACUUUAUGCAUCAGAUAGUCAAGAAAGUCAAGAGAGCAUGGAUUUGGAUGCCAUCACUCCUGCCGCGGUACCUGUCAGGCCCAAGGCUAAAAGAAAAAUCGGAUUGAAAGGACGUCAGAAGAAGCGACAGAAAGUUAACAAGACAACAGCGCGCAAUGCAUCACCGGCUGCUAAAAAACCGAAACUUGAUGAAUCUAAAGAGGAAGUUAAUGACUAUAAAACUGAUGACUCUAUGGAGCCCUCUAGUACCGUGCCCGAUGAGGACACCGUCACACCUCUUAAGGACAAACAAGACGAGAAAUUACAAGAGAAAAGUAAAAAUUCUGAAGCAAGUUCUGAAGAUUCUUCUGGCGAAGCUGAUGACGAGAUGGAUGUGGAGGAAGGUGAGGAAAGAAAGACGGUCACUAGUAAACCAGCGUCACCUCGACACAUUGAAGAAAACAGCACUGACCAUCACACAAGUGAUAUGGAACUAGACAGCAUACAUAUGGACUCACCAAAAUCGAUCGCUGAGAAAGACCAAGUUAUUAACGAAACUAGUGAUAAACCGGAUGAUACGGCUACUGACAAUAGAAUGGACUCAUCGCCCGCCAAAGCUGAGGAGGAGACCAACACAAAGAGUGAUCAAACUGACGAGAACAAAUUGUCUGAACCCAAAAACUCGGAUAUGAAGUCUCCAGCUAAACCGGCACUGGAAGACAAAGAAACUAUCAUUAUAUCCGAAUCUGACGAUAACAACAGCCAGAGCUGUCCUUUACCAUCACCUAAACAUAAUACAGUGGCACCAGUGCAACAAAACAAUGAGAAUAAACCUAAAGAGGUUGAGGAGAAGGACAGUCCGUCUAAAGUGAUACCAGUUGUGUCCACCGAGAAUGCACACAUUGUGCUCGACCCGAGUGCUAGGGUCCAAGAAGACGUGAUCUCCAUUAAGCCUGCAGUAGAUCUAAUUGUACCAAAAAUUCAUCAAAUUGAAACGAUAGUGGUUGAAGGCGAGUCAGAUACCGCAAACUCUCCACGCACAGGCAUAUCACCUGAGAAAACUGAUACAACGGUGAUUAAUGAGUCACCCAAACCAAGAAGAUCGCCAGACAGUAUUAAUACCGACGUAGCUUGUGAUCAGAAGCAAUGCGAGAUGAGGAAAGAAACUGUGAUUCAACAUCAAAAUAUAGACGACGCUAAAAAUACGGAGAAAAAGUCGUCACCCAGUAAAGUAGAUAUUAUUCAAAAUUUAGAUAAUACACAUAGGGAUAUGUCAAGCAUGAAGAAGCCAGACCCCAUCAAAAUAGAUAGUUUUCCUGAAAUUGAUAAUAGAAAUAAAUUACCAAAUCCAGUAGUUAGUAGAGAAAAUGAUAUGCCAUUUCGGAACGACAUAAUGAGUACGAGGAAAGACGAGAUCAUUAUCACUAGGAAUGUCAUUGAACAAACGACAAUGCAGAACUUUCAAAACCCCGUGAGUAACUCCAUGACAAUCCAGCAAAUCAACACCGCUCAGCACUCUUAUCUGAAUCAUAGAGCUAACGUCAGCAAAGAGUCACAAGCUGUACAGACUGAUAAAAUACUUGUAAAAUCCAGUGAACCAAAUCGCGUGACAAACAACACUUUGGAUUCUUCGCCAGUGAUUAGUAAAAGUACGACAAAGUUAGAAGUACCACAUCCAAUAUCGUCUCCAGUGAUAAAUCCAGUGAUACCUAAAGUGCCCAAUAUAUCUGAUAUCAAUUUUUUACCUCGAUGCCAAAGCGCUAAUGCGGCUAUCAGUAUGGGUUUGGAGAGAGCAGAUUUAGAAGCAAGUUUCGCCAACAGUGCUGCUAUUCAAAACUCUUUAUCUGGAUCUAUGAGUAUAGUCCAAACGAAUUCACAAGACUGUAAAAAUGAUCCUAAUCUUAAACCUAGAGAGAAAAGUAAACUCCGUGACGUGCGGGUGAACUCUGCACACAGUAAGCUGGAGAAGACAGAUAAGAAGGCUAAGAAUGACACGCCUAGGAGUACACCUGAACCGAAGAUGUUUUUUCCAGAACAAAACGUUAACUCUAGAAAACCAGAGACGUCAGUCCCAAUAAACGUAAUCAACUCAGUGCCGGUCACAAGCAAAGUUGAAACUAAAACUAAUGAAGCACCAAAAAAGCAAGAUUUUUUUAAGAAAGAAAAAUCUAAUACCAAAUGUGACUCAAAAAACCAAUCAGUGAAACAUGACAAAAGUUGCACAGCUCAGCUCAACUUGAAAGCUGAUCAGAACGACUUGAACAAAAUGCUGCCGAAGUUUAAGUAUGAUAAUGAGUUAGUGCCUAAAGCCGACUAUGCUAUGAACCAAAUACCUAACUACCACACUACGCACGGACAGUAUCAGUGGCCACCCUGGGAUCCAACGAGAAUACAGGGCACUUGGGAACAUAACAGAUUUUUAGAUAAUAUGAAAAAUAUAGUUAGUGAAAAGAAUUACUUGGAUAAACACCAAGGUUUCAACCUUCCCCACUUGGAUCAAGUUCAGAAGUCCCCUCAGAAAUUACUUCCUAAAUAUGAUCAAAAAGAUUUCCAUAAUAUAGCUUACGGUGCAUUAAGCAGUAGUCUGUAUGCUACCACGGGCUUACCGCAUUUUAAAGAGACCAAGACGCCAACUUCCAAAGCCGAGUGUUCACAGAAAAAUGAAUGUAAGCCAUCUAAACAGUCAAAAACAACAACUGCUUGUCAGACGCAAUGCGAACCGAAAAAGUCGCAGUCUCAGAAUGCUGCCGACCAGAUGAAACAGAUGAUGCAGAGACAAGUGAGCAAACAACAAGAGGUGGUCACUAGUUGUGCUGAGUACAGACAGCAAAGUUCGCAAGUCUUGACGUCUCCCGGCUGUAAGAGCUUCAAUCAAAAUGGGCCUUGUGGACAGGAGAAGGAGAUCGAGAAGAAGUCUCGGCAAAAGAAAGAAGAGUCUCCAAAAGAAAGUAAUAAGGAGGAGUUGUGCGAGGCGGUCAGUCCUGCCCUGCAGUCAAUGGGGGUGUAUACGCCGGACUCGACGAGCAACUCCGUGCAUUCGGUGCAGUACCCAGCGUGCGAGUUGGACGUCAGCCAGCUGGGGCUGGAGUCCCCCACCAGCAUCGGUUCGGAUUUGGCCUCCCCUUGCUCCAUGAUGCAUAUGCACCCCGCGCCUAGUCCGCAGUACUCCUCCAUACACAUCCCGUCCAUCAUGAGCCAGCCUAAUCAGCCGCCCAAACAGCAAAAAAUUAACAAUAGGAAUAGGAGCAGCGGUGCCAGCAGUAGCAGCUCGAGUGCAGGCGCGGGCGCGGACGCGGGCAAGCAGGCGGGCGGCGGGGCGGGCGCGGGGCUGCGCGGCGCCGCCACGCCGCCCGCCAGCGCCGCGCCGCGACAUCGCGCCACGCCGCCCUCGCACCAGCCGCACGCGAGUUUUUUGGACGCAGCGGCGGGCGGCGCGGUGAUGCAGAGCGGCGCGGCCGGAGUGGGCGGCGUGGGCGGAGUGGGCGUGGGCGUAGGCGGCGGGUACCAGGGCGGCUACCUGUCGUUCCAGCAGCAACAGCAGUACCACGGCGGGGGCUGGCCGCCGUCCUGCUCGCUGGCCAAGCUGCAGCAGAUGGCCGACGCGCCUCAGCACCACCCACCGCAUCAGUAUUUCGAAUCUAGUUGUUUCCUACAGUACGGCCAGCAGUCGAGCACCCCGCCGGCGGCCCCGGCGCCCCACUACCACGCCGCCGCCAAGUACUAUCCGCCGCAUAACCAGCUCGACUCGCCCAGGAAUACACGGAACACCUCCAGCAACCUAAGCCCGAUGCAACACAUGCAGAUGGCGCCGGGGUCUAGGAUGUCCCCCAACCUGAACACGCACAUCAUCAGCGGGUACGGGCUCAACGGGUACCGCGUGCCCCCGCAGCAACAGUUCAACAACCUGCAGAUGAUGAACGUGCAGGGCGGCGUGCAGUACGGGGCCGCCGACCCGCGCGACCCGCGCGCGCAGCAGGGCAACGUGUACUACGGGUACAUCAACCCGCCGCCGCCGCUGGCCAUGCAGACGCUCAACUCCACCAUGCGCCGGUAGCACGCCCGCCGCCCGGGGGCCACCCCGCAGUUAAACUAUAGCAUAGUACAAAUAAACGUUUGCUUUCUCGCGAUAAGUGCUAGUUUGUAUAUAAAGUUAAUCGAGAUGAACAUGAACACCACUUCUGUUGCCUUACCCCUCCCGCCAGCGCGCGUCUCGUCGCGUCGAGGCGGUCUAGUGGCAGCUCUGUUAUUGUUUUUGUAUCAUAUGUAUGUAAAUCACGUUUUAUUUGUCGUUGAUAAAGUGCAGUACCCGGUAAGCUGAAUAAAAGUACAAAAUUGCAGAUAAAAUGUAUUUAAAUCUGUUAAUAAUAAUAAUGACUACGUCACUGAAAUGUAGCAUAAUGAUAGUGCAAUAAAUGUAUGUACUCUGGUAGUAAUCUGCUUCGUUUUGUAUGAUGACGAGUGGCGCGCUUGUGACGCGUCUGAUCUAUAAAUUAAUAUAUUCUCGAUUUCCAAAGAAACAAUGUAAUGUUAAGUCUUUGGUUAUGUUGAAAUAAGUGCAAUGUUUUUACUGAUGGCAGAUUGUACUACAGUUGUAAAGAUUUGUUUGGAACUCGUAUUUUAUAUGUAUAUGGUGUUUACGUUUUGAUGUAUUUGUAUCGUGUCGCGACAGCGUAGGUCGCUUGUACAGUUGCCGUUGUGUAAUUAUAAUUUUACCAUAGGAGCCUAGUUUGUCUGAAUCUGUUCUAAGUGCCUCUCACGUCCCGUCUGUCUGCUUGACUUCAGUGUAACAUAUUGUAAUGUAACAAGGCUGUAUACAUAUAGAGCUGAUAACGUUAGUGUACUUGUAAGAUACGGUUUUACUUUGAUCAAUGUGAUAGUGCGCUGACUAGACACGUGGAGGAGCGCGGGGCCCGCCCCGUGGACGCGGAGUGUGGUUACUUACGUAAGCAGGCCUAAUGGAAUGAAGGAUUUUUAUAUUUUAUAUUCUUUUUUUACACAGGUAGUUUUAACGUUUUAUAAUUGCGAUGAUAACUUUGUUUUACCGCUUCGCUUAAGGAUUAUGUUCGUGUUAUCCCAGUAAUUUAUUGCCAAAUGUUAUUAACACUUACGGUUACUGUAGUUACAAUUUUAAGUAUUUUUAGUUAUCGUGUUUAGUUUCGUCCUCUUGCACGAGUAGGUAAGGAUCGUCCGCGCGGCGCGGCGGCGUAUGUCGCCCGCCCGUUCUAAGUUAUUUGUAAGAUCUGCUCCUCUAAGGUUAUGAAUGUUAUUUGUUACUAAUGUGUAGUAUAUAAAAUAUUGUAAAUACAAUAACAAUAAGGAACAUGUAGCAGG